GGGACUUCUGAGUUGUACUCGGCACGAGCGGUGCUGGAGGGUGGCAGUUGAAUAAAGGUCUUCAAAAACGCAACAACUGGCGACGAGCGUCCAGCCACGCGAGCCCCGUCGAAGAGUCGCCCGCCGCACUACUCUCCGGUGACGCCGCGACGCCAUGGCGACCCUCGGUCGAAUUGAACCGUUCGACGAAGCGGGCACGGACUGGCCAACCUACAUCGAGCGACUCGACCAGUUUUUCGUCGCAAACGACGUCAAACCAGAAAGGCAAGUGGCAGCGUUCCUAAGCCUCAUUGGCGCGAAGACGUACGCUCUGCUAAAGAGUUUGGUGGCGCCGGACAUCCCGGCUAGCAAGUCGUACAUCGAGCUGGUAGCCAUAUUGCGAGAGCACCUGUCGCCGAAGCCUCUUGUCAUCGCGGAACGCUUCCGUUUUCACAAAAGAAACCAAAACGAGAAUGAAAGUAUCCUCGAGUUCGUAGCCGAGCUGAAAAAGUUGGCGCAGACAUGUGAAUUCGGCGGCACUUUGAACGAAGCCUUACGUGACCGCAUGGUAUGCGGCAUUAUCAGCGACUCCAUUCAAAAGCGACUGUUGUCGGAAGCUGGCCUGACGUUUAAGAAGGCGCUAGAAAUCGCAGUGGCGAUGGAAGCCGCCUCCGCGAACGCACAAGUUUUACAUUGCCGGAGCGCGGACGCCGAGGUGCUUAAGGUGGACCAAAACAAGUCCGAAUGCAAGCACUGCGGACUUACGAAUCACACAGCAAUUAACUGCAGGUGGAAAGGCUUAGACUGUCGUAGGUGCGGAAGACGCGGACACCUUGAAAGAGUGUGCAGGAGCCAGCAGUCCGGGCCAGCAGCUUCUCAGCAUCGCGGAGCACCGACACGAGGCCGGAGGAAUCAAGGGGAAAAAGUUAAGACGCUGAACGUCGACACGGAAGACGAGGUCGAGAUGUUCGAGCUUCGGGGGACACGUCCGCGGCCUCUGCAAGUAACAGUGAAGGUGAACACGAUUCCGCUGACGAUGGAAGUAGACACCGGGGCGGCGGUGUCGGUACUCCCGUUAGACCUGUACAAGACAAGGUUUCCCAAUCUAGUGAAGGGAAGAAGUGGAGUCGUCCUUCGAGCAUUUACCGGUAAAAAGGUGAAGCCGGUAGGAGAGGCACAGGUUGAAGUGGAGUACCAAGACCAGGUUCACAAGUUACCGCUGCAGAUUGUGGACUUCAAGGGUCCCCCGCUUUUGGGACGUGACUGGCUGGAGGUGCUGAGGCUCGACUGGACAAGCAUCAAGGCUGUCCAGUGCUUGGAGAAGGGGAGCAAGGAACAAGUCGACACGCUUUUGAAGGACUUUGCUCAGGUGUUCUCAGACGAUCUGGGCCGUCUUCAGGGGUUUGAAGCUCACCUCAAGCUGAAGAGUGGGCACACUCCAAAGUUCCUCAAGCCAAGACCAGUGCCCCACGCCCUGAAGGAAGCUGUCUCUAAAGAACUGAUGGCACUGAAGGAGGCGGGGAUCCUGACCCCGGUGGACAGCAGCGAGUUUGCAUCGCCCAUCGUGCCGGUCGUCAAAAAGAAUGGAGACAUAAGAAUCUGCGGCGACUACAAGUCAACAAUCAACCCGUGCUUGGAGGUCGACAACUAUCCGCUCCCCAGGAUAGAAGAGAUGUUUGCAACGCUGGCAGGAGGGAAGUUUUUCUCAAAGCUGGACCUGUCAAAAGCCUACCUACAGCUGGAGAUGCAUCCUGCAGCGCGGAAGUACCUCACCAUCAACACCCAGUUGGGGCUGUUCCAAGUGAACCGUCUUCCCUUCGGCAUAGCAUCUGCACCCUCCAUUUUUCAAAGAACUAUGGAUCAAGUGCUUCAAGGGCUGCCGCAGACCACCUGCUACCUGGACGACAUCCUGGUGACUGGCAGAACGAAGGAAAAUCCUAGGCCCAACGACCGGGAUCCCUACAAUGACAGCAGCGAGGCUCCAGAGGUGGGCCUGUCAGCUAGCCGCACACCGCUACACAAUCGUCCACCGGUCUUCCGAGGAAAAUGCCAAUGCAGACUGCUUGUCAAGACUCCCAAAAGCAACGGACAACCCCAACACAGACGCCGUCGACGAAACGUUCGCCUUCUACUGAACACCCGGCACCCGACAACAAGAGAGUCUCCGGCCCAGUUGAUGCUACAGCGGCAUCUUCGCACCAGACUGGACCUCCUGAAACCAUCAGUUGCAGACUGUGUGGCCAGCGCACACUACCGCCAACAGCGGCAACACCCAGGACAAGAGCGGGCUUUCACUGCAGGAGACCAAGUCUAUGCCAGAGAUUAUCGAAGUGGUCACAAGUGGCAGCCAGGAACAGUCGCUGCCCAAACUGGUCCAGUGUCUUUCCAAGUGCAAGUCUCCCCGGGACGGGUGUGGCGAAGGCAUCAGGACCAGUUGCUCCGAGCACCGUCGCAAGACUCCGGACCUUCAGAGUCUCGUCCAGACGAAGCGGGAGGGGUGUCUGCCACGGCUUGGACAGACAGCACACCGGAAGACAGCGCAGGCGACAGGCGCCUUCCACAGGCCUCUUUGCCUGCACCAUCCGAAGUCCCGAGGCCAAGAAGUAACACCCAGGAUGCUGAGACGCUCAUGGAUGCAGAUAAUAGUGACGGAGAGCGACGGUAUCCCGUGCGAGAUCGGCGCAAGCCUCAAAGGCUAAUAGAAGAAUGAAAAAAAAAAAAAAAAAAAGCGACGGACUUUUCUAAACUAUUUACUGUUAAUGGCCGGAUGUUACCAGCUGGGUAUGUUUGUUUAAAAAGGAGGGGAAAGAUGUGGUGUCCAGAGGGCACUACGAGCGCGGGGGCGGUAGCCGGGCAAAAGAAAACCUGGUGCGUAUGG